CACCGUAUACAGCCAAUCAAAAUCAAAAAAAGUUGUGUAAACGAUUCUUAGUAUUGUUUUGAUUUAGAUUUAUAGUUUUUAUUACGUAAAUAAACGGAUAAACGUAUACAAAAUGAGUUCCUACACGUCCGUCGAACUUCCAUUCACACAUGUGAACUAAUAAAUACGUGUUUUACUGCACAAACUACGCGAUGUAGUCAGAUUAGUAUAAGUGUUCAACAACAACAAUAUUUUCAUUUUGAAAUGCUACCAAUAUUAUUGUACCAUAAUAUGGACUCCAGUGCGAACGGUGCCACCAAUAGUAAUUUUGGACAGAAUUACGAUGACAAUAUAAUAUUAAAUUGUGUAAGAAAUAGGAAGAAAGUGACUGAAUUGCCAAAUUGUCCCGUUUGUAGUUGUACCAUACGACAAGGCGAACUUGAAAACCACUUGUCUUUGGAAUUAGAUAGGUUGACUAAACUGUCUUCUGGUGGUACGAAGAGGAAGCUAAGUGUCACUAGUCCUGGUAACUUAGCUGUACCGGGGUCUAGCAGUACAGCAGAUGUGGACGAACAGGAAGUCGACGUCUCUGGCUGUUUGGGCAGCGAUGUUUAUCAAAGAGUGCACACUAACCGUCUGCGGCGUCUGCGCGCACGCCGGCGCUCGACCCCGCCUCCAGCGAGCGGAGAGUGUCCCGUCUGCAACACAACAGUGCCGGUCUCCCGUCUACAACGCCACGCUCUGCGGUGCCUGAAGCGGACUGGCGCGGAGUUGGAUGAAGACGUGCCCGACACCAGUUCGGAGGACGAGAGCAUAGAUGUCGAGAACGACGAGCCGCAAGCAGGCAGCUUCGGCGCGGAGUACCAGUGGUGUGGCGAGUGGCGCGUGCGGGCCACGGCGCUGCAGGACGCCGACGCGCGCUCCGCCACCUGCGUGCGGAGGGCCUCCAACGAUCAGGCGCUGGUGGUGGACGGUGAUGAAGAUACGGAGCUCUACGGACCGCCGCAGUAUUCACCAUCAAGGAUAGCACCUGAUUCAGAAAUAACUCCGUCGGAUAACACGGAAGCGGCUCAAGACGCAUCUGACGUUGAGUUGGAAGAGAAGCCGAACGCCGUGGCCGAAGUGCCGAGACCCAAUGGAUUAGUAGUGGCCAGCGCGGAGACAAGAAUACAAGCGUUGAAAGCCAUGAUAAAAGAGUUAGAACGGAAGCAAAACGGAGCUGCAGAAGCCAAAUGUUUGAUAUGCCUCGGGCAAUAUACAUCUCCAGCUGUUUCCAUACAAUGUUGGCAUGUUUACUGCGAGGUAUGCUGGCUGCAAUCGUUAAAAUCCAAGAAAAUAUGUCCACAAUGCAACGCCAUAACCACUGCGCAACAUCUGCGAAGGAUAUACAUGUAAAUUGUCAUAGAUAUAAAAUGGCCAAAAGUGAUCCAUGGUUGGGUCAUUUUUGACCCAGAUGCCAAAAUAUAUCAAAAAGUUUUGACGAAUGAAAUUGGUGACUACGGCUGCUACCGACAUAGAAUGAUCUUAUAUAAGUCGUGGUUGGGUCAAUUUUGAACCAGGAACAAAAAGGCCGAUUGGCAAAUAGAUAAUUGUGACCUGCAAGAUGAACCGUCAUAAUACAUGUGUGAAUGAUUGCUCAAAAUAGAAGUGGUGAACUGUUUGACCUAUACCGAAAUAUGGAGGCUUUGAGCUGUGCAUUGUGUAAAUAAGGGCUCGUCCAUUAAUUACGUGAGGUUCGAAAGGGUGGAAGGGGUUCGGAAAUAAAAUCACGAAAUAUAAAGGGAGGAGGGUUUUAAUGAGGUAUCACGUGUAUUUAUAUUUCAUUCGCGAUUUCCCCGCGCUUUGGGCAACCUAAAACAACCUGCAACAGGUUAAUGUUUUUCUUAAAUUUAAUAAGCAGUUCCCGUAAUGUAGAAUUUAAGUAGUUGUUUUUUCUUGAUAAUUUUUAUUGUUUCGUUUUGUUUUAUUUUGUCUAUUUGUUUUUUUCACUCAAGCGUCUUGGUGCAUUUCCACUGUAAGCUUUUGUAAUACUUAAUUGAUAAAUAAAUAAAUGUCAGGACAUUUUUAUCUUGAUGCUUAGUUUUCCAAAA